UAUAAAAAGGAUUAAUGAAGACUAAUGUCAAUUGACCAAUGAAUGACAGCCAUUCAUAGGUGACUUUGCAAUUUGAAUCAAAGCAGCGUGCAAGAUGAAACCUCUUUUCUUCGUGGUUUUCGCGGUUCUAGUAUUUAGCGCUAAUGCCGUUAAUAAAUACUCGAAGGAAGCAAACGUGAAAAAGCCGGAAGAAAUUAGUAGAUUGAAAGAUUUGGAUGCGCCUUUCCGGAUGAAAAAGAUAAACAUCCUCUGGACCAAAGCCAAACUUCGAUUGACGGAGCCAAAACUGAAGUCGAUCUACAGCGAGUUGAAAAUCCAUGAUAAAGAGGAAUUCACCCUCAAAAGGUUAAAGUCUGAGGGCGGCGAUAAAGAUGGGUUGAAGGAAGCUGAGCUUAGGAAGAAGCUGCUUACUAUUAUGGAUCUCUAUGGGUUGCUGGAGCAUUUUGAGGAUGGAAGAAUCAGGAGGAAAGAGCACUCUUCUGACACUGAAGGAAAUGAUGAUUAUUUAAAUAAGAGCCUGUUUAAAGACAAGAAGUUGAUUAAGUUGUGGUCAAAAGCGGAAGCCGCUGGAUUUACCGACUCCGAAUUGGCGGCGCUCAAAGAGGAAUUCGAUCAUCAUCAAGAUAAAGUCGAUCAAUAUUACUCUUUAUUAGCUAAUGUUAAAGAUGGAAAUACUGAUGAUCAUCAUGAAAAUUCAGUUGAUUUGAAAUUAGAGGAAUUCAAUACUUUGGGGUGGCAGGAUAACGAACUGCCAAGCAAGGUUUACGUCGAUAAAGCGAAGUUGCUUAGGGAACACAACAAUCAUCUGAAGGAUAGUUACGAUAAGUUGGAACGGAAAACGGCGCAAGGUCCGGAAAGCAAAGAUUUUGUGGAGCCCAAGGUGCAGGGACUGUGGAAGGCCGCACUAGGCACCGACUUUUCAUCCGCUGAACUAGAAUCUUUGCGCAUUGAGUUGAUGCAUUACGAGAACAGAUUGCUAAAGUUACGGCAAAUGCACGCAGAAGCAGCAAUUAAAGAUGCCAACCAUAAGAAUUUUGGCGAAGAAAAUUCAGAUAAACCCGAGGAUUUGGUGUUUCUGGAAGAUAAUAUCAAGACGCAAAAACGUAAAGUAGAGAAAAUGCAAUUGCACAUCGAGACAAAAAUCAUGAAAAAACAUUUUGAACUGUAAACUUCAAUCAUAUUUAGUUUAAAUGAACAAUUUUUACAUUUAAGAACAGUAUUUGGUAUCUUACUUGUUUUUUUUUUGGCUGUAUU